AUGACGAGCAUCGUUCCUAGAGGCUUAUUUAACGAGCCAAAAACAAAGACUGUCAAGCACAGCUCUAACGUGGGUCAAACUAAAAAUCUAAAGAUAUCUGUGCAUCCUCCAAGCAUACCUACAAAGUUUCAGACACUUCAUUACGAUGAUAGUGAAGAAAGGGCUUUUAAUUCUACAAGUCAGCGAUUUGAGCAGCGUAUCGAUGACCUGCCUGGUCCAGGAUAUUAUGCAGAAGCUGCUGAAAAACUCGAGGGUGUGUUUGAUGUAUCAACUUCAAAACGAGGAUAUGGUAUUGGAUUCGCAUCACAUAGCAGAAGGUUUGCCAAACUUCCAAUAGAUUCAAAGUCAACCCUUGAUAUCUCCCCUGCUCAGUAUAGACCACGUACUCCAAUCUACUCAUUCUCGGUAGCACAUUCCCUAUCUUCUUCGUUCCAUACACCCACAUCAAAACUGGUAUCGGAUAACGGUCGAUCGGCAGAUGUUUCUGCCCAGUUUGUACGCACACAAUGGGCAAUCAAGCCUACUCCAGGUCCAGGAGAAUAUACACCUAGCAUUAUGAAAAAAGGACGAAAGCAUUACGGUCAACAUGAAAGUGGUGCUGUUUCUGUGUUCAAGAGUCGCACAACACGGAGCGAUCUCAUAGGUGAUAAAUCUAGCUCUGUGCGACAAGUUCCACCACCAGGUUCGUACAACAUUGUCCGUGCUGAGGGAUUGACACAAAAAUCAUGUGCAGCAGCACAGGCAGCAUUCAAAGCUACAUCUCGUCAAUCGCUUGUAUCUCAUCAUGGCAAAAUACCUGGUCCCGGAGCUUACGAGAUUGUACCAACAAAGCCAAACUUUAAACCUUCAUUGAGACGAGGUCGUGCUGGAACCAUUGCAUUGGCUCCAGUCAGACCGCAUACACCAUUAUCCUCUCAAACAGCAGUUCCAGGUUCAGGAAUGACUCCUGUAGCGUUUCCUGGUCCCGGACAUUACAAUAUUGCCCAAUGCACCAACAAUAUUUAUCCAUCAGGCCCAAUUCUUCAAAGUAACUUUGUUAGCAAAGCACCGCGAUUUGCUGAUGCCUUCCAGUCAAACAUUCCAGGCCCAGUGGUCAUAAAUAGUUUAAUGGAUAUGCAACCAUCUUCUGUAUCCAUAGCAUAUGCAUAA